AUGUCUGGUAACAACGGCAACCUUUACUCCCAGGGCUACAACUUUGCAAGCUUCUUUCAGAAUGCAGUGGAUCCGCGCACAGGGCAAUACACUUGCACUAUCACGGUCUACGAUGCCCCAGUGCUCGCUCGCAAUUGUCCCCCGCUGAAACUGUCGCUGGCUUUCAACCCCUUGAACACCCAAAGCGCUGGAUUCGGCAAAGGAUGGUCCUUGAACCUGUCGUCCUAUCGCCAAACUACCACCCCAAAUGUUGCUAUUCUUGUCCUCUCCACCGGUGAACAUUACCGAGUCUCGAGGUUGUCCGGGAAGUUGGAAGUUGAGGAUCAGAAGCUGAUCAACUUCCACCUCCUGGACUCGGGUGAAGCCGAUGGGGAUAUCUUGAUUGCGCACAAAUCCGGAGUGGUCGAGAGGCUGUCUGACAACCAAAUGCAGUAUGGGGUCAAGGUGCCCAUGGCCGUGUACGCAGUCAAUGGCCGCCGGUUGACCCUAUCCUGGCAGAAACAUGGCUCGGACGCUCCACGCCUAACGGGCAUUCAACAAGAGGGUGUCUCGGUGCUCCAAAUCGAGUAUCAAGAUAACGCUGUCCGCAUCAAGCGGACCAUGGACGGGGGAGAGCCUUGCACUUUCACUGCCGACAUCAGCCGGGAUAAUCGACUCCAGGCAUUCCACCUGCCUUCCAUGCAAGGUACGGGAGUCUGGGAGUUUGGAUACGAGGCAGCCGACCCCGAGGAUCGGGGGAAUGCGAUGAUUGUCUUGUCGACGCUGACAAGCCCAUUGGGCCAGCGAGAAGAGAUCAAACACCAACCCAAAGGCCACAAGCUGCCUUCUUCCGGACCGUAUCCCUAUAUUCCCUGUGUUGUUCAGCACACAAUCAGACCGGCCAGCUCACAGCCAUCAAUCAAGUAUUUGUACAGCUAUUCGGCUGAGAACUUUCUCGGUGGCAAUGCUGGGAUUACUUGGCAUCCCGAAGAAGACAAUCUAUAUCAUGUGCAGGAAAACUACAAAUAUUCGACGCAGGUGACGAUAUGGACUGACUCGGGAAGGAAGACAGGCGAACAGGAGAGUCUCACUUACACGCACAACCGAUUCCAUCUGGUGACGGAAGUAUCUCGCAAGAAGGGGGCAAACAAAGUGACUCAGGCAACAACGUACUGGGAAAAGGAGAGUUUGCCAUUCAUCUCGCAGGGCCCCCAGUUCCAACUGCCACGUGUGGUCACGACGACCUACGCUGAUAAUGACCGGGAUCGCUCUGAGACAAGUGAACACACCUUCGACGACUGGGGGAAUCCCCUGCUGGAGAAGCAGGAGAACGGGAUUCAGAUUGAGCGGUCCUAUUAUGACCCCAAGCAAGAUGACGACGGUUGUCCCAAAGAUCCCUUUGGCUUCAAAAGAUACCUCAAAAGCGAGAGCAUUACCGCCGCACCGAUCAACGAAUACCCUGCGCCGACCCGGACCAAAGAGUACACAUAUGCCAAGAUUGCCACGAUUGAGGGCAGCCCCGCUGACUAUUUUGUCGCGGUGAAGCAGUGUAGCUAUCUCGACGAGGGCAACGCAGUCACUCUCACCGAAUCCAAUUACGCCUCCGAUCCAACGAAGAACGACUAUGGCCGGCUGCAACAGCAGACCACGACGUUGCAAGGGCAGCAUCCGAUGACACAGAACUGGGUCUAUCAGUUUGACACCCCUGACGAGGUUACAGAGUUGACGACUAUCACUACAUUUGACGGACUCGAGGUCGGGGAAGAAACAGUGGUGUCCGCAUGGACCGGGCUCACGCUGAAGCACAAAGACCAAACCGAGACUCCCACACAAUUCCAAUAUGACUGCAUCGGGCGUGUCUUGGAGGUGACAUUGGCCGCGAACACGGAUUACGAAGCCAAACGGCUCACUGAGUACAACAUAUUGCCCGGGUACGAAGGAUACACAGUCACGGAGACGGAUGUAGAGGGGGUGCAGACAAUCAAAUCUCUGGACGGCCUCGGACGCAUCAUGACAAUCCAAAGGCAGGAUGCAGACGCUUCCCCGGGCGCCACGGAAGAUACUGGAAGAGAGUUCCGUGUUGUGGAGGAGCGCAAGUACAAUGACUGUGGUCAAUGCAUCAGGGUCGACACCACCGACUGGCUGCGGACUACAGCCGACCCGACCAGUCAAUGCACGUCCAAGGAAUUCGAAUACGACAACUGGGGCCAAACAUGUCAGAUAAUCGAAAGCAAUGGUGUGAUUCGCCGGAUUGUCGCCGACCCUAUAUCGUUGACCCAAAGGGAAUACAUCGAGGGCGGUGGAGUGACGCAGACCAAGAUGAACCUCUUCGGCCAUCCUGAUGAGAGGUGUCUCAUCGACAAGAACAACACCACCUACAGUACCAUGAAAUACUACUAUGACGGUCUCGGCCGUCUAGCUGAAGAGGAAGAUCAGCUCGGCCAUAGAACGCGGUACGAGUUUGAUGUCUUUGACCGAGUUGUCAGGACCACUGGGCCGACUGGCCGUACCCUUCUGACGCAGUACACUGAUCAAAGCCUGUCGUGUUUGCCGAUUUCUGUGCAGGUUAACCAAACCACGUUGGGUGCACAAAGUGUCGACGGCCUAUUGCGCGUCACGGAACGAACAAUCGGUGGGCGAACCACUCGGCAGACCUUCGACGGUAUCUGCCCUAAGCCCUUGCGGGUUACCAAGCCCGAUGACCAGCAGUCCGAGUUCACGUACGAUCAUGCUCUGGACUAUGAAGUUACCUCUAUUCAGCGGGAGGGCAACACGAGCCAGUUUGACUAUGACAAGCAGACUGCCUCGAUUCUGAGUGCCGACGACGACUUUUCCAAGCGCAGUCUAAAAUACUUCCCGUCCCAGCUUGUGGCAGAGGAUACCGUCCAGGUUGAUAAGGAGCCAGAGUUGACUGCUCAUUCGACCUACUCAAUGGGAGGGAAGCUACAGAGGUACGACGACAUUUUUGGAGGAAGACAUGAGAUCAGCUAUGAUUCCAACGGGCGACAAGCCAGUCUAACCAAAGGAAACAUUGAGGUCCGACUUGAAUAUACCUCGUCGACGAACCUGCUGUCAGAAGGGGUGGUUGAGGUCACGGAUGGUCAAUUGUCGCUGAAGACUUCCAUAGCCUACGAUGAGUUUGACCGAGAGGUGGAGAGAACGGUCAGCAAGGGCAGUGAUACCCUCUGCAAGCUCACUCAGUCCUAUGGGCCCACUGGCCUGGUCAACACCCGGGAGAGGACCAGCGCAGAUGGAUCGCUUUUACAGAAUGAGUCUUUCGAAUAUGACGAGCAGAAUCGCCUGACCAAGUACCGAUGCCAGGGAUCGCAGGCCCCGGUGGACCAAUAUGGUCACCCCAUACAAACCCAGCAAUUUGACUUCGACGCCCUGGACAAUCUCACCCAAGUGACCACCAUGUUCCAAGAUAACAGUGUCAAUACGGCUACCUAUCAAUACGCAUCUAAUGACCCCACUCAGUUGACCCAGAUUACCAACACUCACGCAGCAUACCCCAAACAAAUCGACCUCGCGUAUGACGAAAACGGGUCUUUGACCAGGGACGAGAAAGGGCGCACCUUGCAGUACGACUCUCUCGAUCGGUUGAGAGCGGUCAUAGACCCGGACAACCGUCCGGUUUGCCAGUAUCAUUACGACGUAGCCGGGAGACUGGUCUGCCAGGAAGUUCCUGGGCAGGCCACCACAUACCUCUACUAUCGUGGGGAAAACACUCUCAUCGCCACGACCUCGGGCAAUCAACGGGUCACAUACAUCAAUGCAGGCGGUACCUACUGGGGUCAAGAGGUAGAGGAGGGAGACAAGGAUCCGGAAUACCAACUGUGGGCUUCCAACGCGCAAACCUCAGUGUUGACGUACUGCAACAGUGGAGACCCAAGUACCGCUCACGAGCAGCCGUAUACUCCCUAUGGAUUCAGUGAGACCGGUUCCUCGAUUGGCUUGCAUGGCCAAUGGCACGAUCCGAUAACCGGCUGGUAUCACCUGGGCCAGGGGUAUCGCGUUUACAAUCCAGUUCUGAUGCGAUUCCACACCCCGGAUCGCUGGAGUCCUUUUGUCUCCGGCGAGAUCAACCCCUAUGCGUAUUGCCUAGGGGAUCCAAUCAACAGGACCGACCCGGGAGGCCAUACCAGCCUCCUGAAGAGUCUGGUUGUAUUCAUCGUUGGUUUGAUUGUCGGCGCGAUUGCGGAUCUCCUCACCGGAGGCGCUCUCACCGCUAUCGAGGCAGGGGUUUAUGUUCAGCUCGGAGUGAGCGUCGCUGGAUCAGUCGUUUCAGACACCGUGACGCCGGCACUAUACGACCUGGCCUCGGGACAGGGUCAUAGUUGGGGACAAGUCGCACAGGACGCAGUCCAGUCCGUGGUCGCCAAUGCGCUCACUGCAGGAUUCUCGAUCGCCGGGUUGAAACCUGGCCUCAAAGACGUCUUCAAACAAGUCAAGUCGACUGUCCAAAACAUCGACGGUGAAUCGGGCAGGUUUGUCAGUUACAUCGGAUCCACGUCAGCGAGCAAUGGCCUGGGCUCGGAGAUCAAAAGUGCCGAGAGGGCUGCGGUGAAUACCAUCGAGAGGACGGUCGCAAACGAGAGCAGGUCGUCUUUGGCGCAUGGAGAACUCGGUGUGCACGGUCAAGCAUCAAUCGGAAAAGAGGUUGCAGCGGAGUCCACGUCUUCGAAGUUGUCCUCGGUGGCCAAGUCCACAAUCAAGCCGGCCAUUCGAGACGGCGAGAAGGCAUCCUCGUCGCUGAGUGCGAGUCCGCUGGUGAGAUGGCCGCUCACGAAAGGGAUCGCUUGGGUGAGCGGGUGGAGCUCGAGGCAGGGGGUGGCUUUUGCUAUGAACAGUGAUGGCCAAUGCGCUUACCAGGAGGUGAAACCGGCCUACAACGUGAAGCCGAGCACCGUUUACAGUGCCUUGCAAACACAGGGAGGUGUGCAACGGUUGUAUCCCUCCGCUCGAAGCAAUGUCCGGCAGGAUAACAGUAGACCUAUGAAUUGGCAGGCAGUCCGCAACAGGUGA